CAGCCGGCGCCGAGCUUUCAAUGAACAGUCCUGUCGGGCAGGGCGAGCAGCGCGGGCGGGCUCCGGCACAUCGGCCAGCGGCGGCGGCGGCGGCAGCAGCCUCCUCGGGAGCCCGGCAGGAUUUGCCACAUGCUGUGAAUCUUCUAGCUUGUGCCUGAAUUGCACAUUGAAAACAAAAGAUGGGUUUGGACUUUGUGAAACAUCUAUGCCUUCUGACUGAAUUUUAGAUGAUGACCAAUGACAUUUACAUGGUUGUGCUGUAAUGCACUGACAUAUUUGGUUAUAUAAAAUAUGGAAAGCCAAGCAUCUCAGAACCUUUUCUGAAUGCUUUCUACUAGAGACUAUCAAAGCAUGAUGACUGUUACUGCAAUAAUGACCUUCUUGAACAUGAGAUGACUGCACCGAUUUGGCCAAACAGAGAAGGACAAUGAACAUUUUCAUUACUGUGACAGAAUUCAUUUUGGAAAAACAAGAUUAAUAGAGAAUCUGAUUCUGGGAUUUUUGAUUGGAUCACAAACCAUUACAGCAUUGUUUUAUUUUACCAAACUCUUAGCUCCCUAGUUGGGUAAUUAAGAGCCGCAAAGCUGCUGUCCACGUGGACUGGUGCUGAAAUUUCUCGUCCACCUGCCAGAGCGUCUCCAGCUAAACCCAGAGACAUGGCAACGAAUGGAACAAAAGUUGCAGAUGGACAAAUCUCCACUGAACUUAGUGAUGCUUCAAUCACCAAUGACAAGCCUAAAACCUUGGUAGUGAAAGUACAGAAGAAGAAAACAGAUAUUCCAGACCGAGACACCUGGAAAGGAAGAUUUGACUUUCUUAUGUCAUGUGUGGGUUAUGCCAUUGGCUUGGGGAAUGUGUGGCGAUUUCCAUACCUUUGUGGCAAGAACGGCGGAGGAGCAUUCCUGAUUCCAUAUUUCCUUACUUUAAUUUUUGCUGGAGUUCCACUAUUUCUUUUGGAAUGUUCCCUUGGUCAGUUCACAUCUAUAGGAGGCCUUGGAGUCUGGAAGCUUGCUCCAAUGUUUAAAGGCGUGGGGUUAGCAGCUGCUGUCCUGUCCUUUUGGCUAAAUAUUUACUACAUUGUGAUUAUUUCUUGGGCCAUAUAUUACCUAUAUAAUUCAUUUACUAGUACUCUUCCUUGGAGACAAUGUGGAAAUGCAUGGAACACAGAGCGCUGUUUCUCCAAUUACAGUAUAGUAAAUACCACCAACAUGACAAGUGCUGUGGUCGAAUUUUGGGAACGCAACAUGCACCAAAUGACAGAUGGACUGGAAAAGCCAGGGCAAAUCCGAUGGCCAUUAGCGAUUACACUGGCAAUUGCCUGGAUUCUAGUGUAUUUUUGCAUCUGGAAGGGGGUAGGCUGGACAGGAAAGGUGGUAUAUUUCUCUGCUACUUAUCCAUACGUCAUGCUGGUUAUCCUGUUCUUCCGUGGAGUGACACUGCCUGGGGCAAAGGAAGGCAUUUUAUUCUAUAUCACUCCUAACUUCAGUAAGCUUUCUGAUUCUGAGGUCUGGCUUGAUGCUGCCACGCAGAUUUUUUUCUCUUAUGGUUUGGGUCUUGGUUCACUGAUUGCUCUUGGAAGUUACAACCCUUUCCACAACAAUGUUUACAGGGAUUCCAUCAUAGUGUGCUGCAUAAAUUCAUGCACAAGUAUGUUUGCUGGCUUUGUCAUCUUCUCCAUUGUUGGAUUCAUGGCUAAUGUCACAAAGAGGUCUCUUGCAGAUGUUGCAGCAUCAGGUCCUGGACUGGCAUUUUUAGCUUAUCCAGAAGCCGUGACACAGUUACCUGUCUCUCCAUUGUGGGCAAUUCUAUUCUUCUCCAUGUUGCUUAUGCUUGGAAUUGACAGCCAGUUCUGUACUGUGGAAGGAUUCAUAACAGCUUUGGUGGAUGAAUUUCCAAAGUUACUACGCAAUCGAAGAGAAAUCUUCAUUGCUGUAGUGUGCGUUAUUUCCUAUCUGAUAGGACUGUCCAAUAUUACUCAGGGUGGAAUAUAUGUGUUCAAGCUGUUUGACUACUACUCUGCAAGUGGAAUGAGCCUAUUGUUUCUUGUAUUCUUUGAGUGUAUCUCUAUAUCCUGGUGCUAUGGUGUUAACAGAUUUUAUGACAACAUCCAGGAGAUGGUGGGAUACAGACCCUGCAUCUGGUGGAAACUUUGCUGGUCUUUCUUUACUCCUAUCAUUGUGGCAGGAGUGUUUAUCUUCAGCGCUGUGCAAAUGACUCCUCUCAAGAUGGGCAGUUAUGUUUUCCCAAAAUGGGGCCAAGGGGUUGGCUGGUUCAUGGCUCUCUCGUCUAUGGUGCUGAUUCCAGGCUACAUGGCAUACAUGUUUCUUACCUUAAAAGGCUCCUUAAAACAGCGCAUCCAAAUAAUGAUUCAGCCAAGUGAAGACAUUACUCAUCCUGAAAAUGGUCCGGACCAGGCCCAGCAGAGCAACUCUGCAAACAAAGAGGCAUAUAUCUAAAUUUCUGUGUUGGAGAGGUACAAAUGCUACUCUGGAAAAAAAAAUAUGGUUGAAUAUGGCCACAAAUUUAUGUCUGAGAAUAUAAUUACCUACCUCUAGUGGCAAAAAGAAAAAAGAAAAAAAAAGACCAUCACCACUAUAAGGGAAUUGAUGGGGGUACAAUCAAACCAUUUGGGGGCCCAAAUGUUGGAAGUGUUAUGUUUUCUGGCAAUCCACAGACUGUUAAUGUUUUUAUCCUUUCACAAUAAGAGUUAACUAUCUUGGAAUUUGUAAACUAAGGUGCAGGACAUUUUUAAUCUAUCUUUUAGCAUAACAAUUUGAUGUUUUGUGCUGAUGAUUUUUAGUAGUUUAAUGAUAAUAUUUCUUACAGCAGAAUCCCAAGACUGUUAUUUCUGACUUUGCAGGAAGUACAAUUAAAUUUGAAAGCUGUUUUUUACAGACCAAGAAUUUUGUACACAGAUGAUUUCCAAUGAAAAUUUCGCUCUUGAAAUUCGUAUUAACAAACACUAUUCUUUUUUUGGUUCUCUUUAAUUAUUUUUCAGGCAACUUAAGUUUAGCUAUGUUAUAAACCAUUCCGAUACAUGUUCAAUUCGAUUGAUAUUUAUAUAAAUACAGUAUAAACAAUUUCUUACAUACUAGCUAAAUACAUUAUCUACGCUUAGGCUUUCUGCAUUUACUUCCACAAACUCAUAAUAUAGUCUUAUAGUGAAAUAUACUGUAUCUUUUAAAAACAUUUUAUUUCUAUUUUUAUAUUUAUAAAUUUCAGAUACACAUUGUAGAAGCAAAAUGUUUCAUUCUAAUGUUUUAGCAAAAUGCAUAAUAAUAUGAAACUAUUAUGAGCUCUUCCCAGGUUAAAGCAGUACAAAACUAUUUGUAGUUGAAGCCAGGUAGUGUUUCUGUUUAUAUUACACCAUUAACAAGAAUAUUGUAUUGCCACCAAAAUAGAAACCAAAACAAUAGUUUAAAUAUUGAACCAUCUCCCUAUAAUUCUAAUUUAGAGCUUUAGAUCAUAGACUGUGGUAUUCAGUCUGUUUAAAGGUCUUUCAACACAGUUUGUAACUAACAAGUAAAUGAUAAGUUGUGGACCACUCUAGCACUUUGAAGACACAUUUUUUAUUCUUUUGAUUUUUUUCAUUGAUGUACAUAUUGUUCGUGGUGAUGAUGAAGGCACAAGGUUAUUGCUAUAAUACAAAAGCUCCAUUAUGGGUUCUACUCUGAAUUUCCCACACAGCUAAAACUCCCACUGAAGCUAAUGAAAGUUCUUCCUGUGUAGAGAAUGCAAGAUCAGGCCCUAUUCAGCGUUUCUUAUUUGGCAGCUAUAAGUAGGAUGGCAAGAGUUAUGGGAAAUGCAGUAUUUGAUGUUUGAUUGUAAAUGACUGUGACAGAACUGUGCAAUGAAACAUGCUUUUUCAGCAAACUUUUGUGCAACGUACGAUGUUAGAUAGCACACAUUUUAUGUAGAACUACUAUGUGAAAAACAUAUUAACUAACUGUGAACGUCGGGUUUUUUGUUGUUUUUGUCUGAAGGUGACAAACAUAUGUUCCUGCAAUAACGUAUUAUUCUCAGAAUGUCAAGCACAUUAUUGUAGAAAAUAUAUAUAUACAUAUAUUUCAACCUAUGUCAUAAAAUCACAAAGUAUUGUUUAGUAGCUUCUAAACUGUUUCAUACAGUAGGUCAACUGUAAAAAUAUUCUGAAAUCUAAGAUACAUUCUAAAUGUCUAUAGCUGAAUUCAUACCUAAAUGCAAAAGUCUUGUAAGUUUUCAGGGUUUAGAAAAAAAAAUCAUACAUACACAUGAUAAUUGUGAUUCUCAUUAGACUAAGAAGAAAAAUUCCAACUUUUGCUUUAUUGUUUAAUGUAAUCAAGUCCCAUGUUGUUCUAAGAAAAAUGCAGUAUUUAAUGUUUGAUUGUAAACAAUUAUGACAGAUGUUUGGCAGACCUGCUCUUUAGCAGAGUUCUGUACAAACUAUUAUCAUAUAUAGCACAAAAAAUAGUGUUGUAGAACUACUGUGUGUAAACUGUGAAUAGCUGUAUCUUUUUGUAGUAUUUGCCCUAAAGAAGAAAAAUUAUUGUAUGAUCAUAUAUGUUUUUUGCAAUAAGGAAUUAUUCUCUGAACACCAAGCAAAUCUAUCUCUAUAUAAAAAUAUAUAUGUAAUAUAUGCAUAUUCUAAAAUAUAUACAGAGCCUGUUUAAAAGAGUACAGUAUUAUUUAGUAAAUUGCAACCUGUUCUAUGGACCAAAUGUAAAAUAUUUAUAAAUUAAGAUGCAUUUUAAAUGUCUAUACAUGGUGUCAUAAUUAAAGCACGGUUGUUAUGUAACUUUCCAAGAGUUUAGAAAAAAAAUAAAGG